AUGGACGCGGACGUGCUCCCGCGCUCGCUGCUCGACACCGAUCUCUACAAGCUCACGAUGCAGCAGGCCGUGCUGCACACCUUCCCCGCCGCCCGCGCAACAUACCGCUUCACGCACCGCGACCCCGCCGCCCUCUUCACGCGCGCCUGCGCCGCCCGCCUCGCGCGCUCCGUCUCCCGGUUCUCCGAGCUCGCGCUGACCCCCGCCGAGCGCGCGUGGCUCGCCCACGCGUGCCCGUACCUCACACCCGCCUACCUGUCCUACCUCGCUGCCUACCGCUUCGACCCCGCCCAGGUCUCCGUCGCCUUCGUCCCCGCCGCUGCUGCCGCCGCCGCCGCCGCCGACACUCUCGCGGACGCGGACAGGAACCGCGCAGGGAGCGGCGACCCCGACGAGCGCGGGCGCAUCGAGAUCGCCGUCGCGGGGCCCUGGGUCGACGCCAUUUGCUGGGAGGUCCCGCUCAUGGCGACCCUCAGCGAGAUAUACUACCGCACGGCCGACACCGACUGGUCCCUCGACGGCCAGGACGAGCUGGCGUACGCCAAGGCCCAGCGCCUCCUCGCGGCGGGGUGCGUCGUCAGCGAGUUCGGCACGCGCAGGCGCCGCGCGUUCGCCGUGCAGGACACCGUCGUCGCAGCCUUCGUGCGCGCCCAGCGCGACCUCGCCGCCGCCCCUGCCGCCGACGCCGUCGGGAAGCUCGCGGGGACAUCCAACGUGUACCUCGCGAUGAAGCACGGCAUCGCGCCGAUCGGGACCAUCGCGCACGAGUGGGUCAUGGGCGUCGCCGCCCUCCGCGGGUACGCGCACGCCAACGCGACCGCGAUGGACCUCUGGGAGCGCGUCUACCCCGACGCGCUGCUCGUCGCCCUCACCGACACGUUCUCCUCCGACGUCUUCUUCGAGGACCUCGUGCGCGACCCCGCACGCGCGCAGCGCUGGCGCGGCCUGCGGCAGGACUCGGGCGACCCGCACGCGUUCGCGGCGCGCGCGCGCGCGGCGUACGCGCGGGCGGGCGUCGACCACCGCGGCAAGGCGAUCGUGUACUCGGACGCGCUCGACGUCGACAAGGCGCUCGCCCUGCGCGCGGCGUGCGCGGCGGAGGGGUUUGCGCCGUCGUUCGGGAUCGGCACGUUCCUGACGAACGACUUCUGCGCCGCGUCGGGCGGCGAGGAGCGCGUGCGCAGCCGCGCGCUGAACAUCGUGAUCAAGCUCGCGUCCGUGGACGGCGCGCCGUGCGUCAAGCUCAGCGACGACCCCUCCAAGAAUACCGGGGACCCGGAGACGGUCGCGCGCGUCAAGGAGCUGUAUGGUUUGUCGUAG